CAGCUAUCGGCAUUGUUUUCCAAUGGGUCAUGUGUAACUUGCAUGUGCAUUUGCAUAUGUAUUUUCUAAAUGAUGCCUUGGGUUUAUCAGGAAAUAUAAUUCAAAGCACAACUGACAACCAGCCAUUGGUCACAACCCAACAAGACAGUGAUGAGUUUUGCAUGAACACUCCAUCUGAAGACCACAACACAGAGAGGACAUCAGUGGCAAGUCAAGAGUCAUCAAAGUUUGAGCGGGCUGUACUCCUUCGUCUCAAUCAAGUCGAUGAGAGACUCCAAAACAUUGAACGCCUUCUAAGGACUAACAUGUGUUCUGAACCACCCGAAGGACGAGAAAUUCUCGAAAAGCCCUGUAACACACCAACGGAACUGGAAGAUUUGUGCACCAUGUUGAAGGAUCCAGCCUACAAAAAGAGAGUGAUUGAUUGGCUGAGCCUCAUGGGAGGCAACACGCCUGAGGAGUCGGUCAGAAGACUACUUAGAAAACACGGGACGAAUGCUCUAUGGGCCCAAUAUAGUCUUAAAGGCCGCAAGGGAAAGAAGAAUUUCCAGGAACUGGAAAUAUGUAAUGUCAUAAUCCAUGCCUGUCGUCGAACACACACCAAGGUGCUGGAAAAAGUAAUUGAGGACUUCAUAUCAGAAACACUGAAGUUUGCACCACACAGAGAUAAGAUGCUACAAUCUAAGGUGCCACUUCAGCCCGAAGCAGAGACUUGUGGAAAAGAAUACACACAGAACACACUUAAUUAG